GCGGCCAACUUCGCGUUCAAAGCAACCCUGUGUACCGAUGACGUUUGCACAGUUCAGUGUCACGGCGUUGACUUCCUUUCCUGUCAAAAUAGUCGACAAAGAUGGCUAUCGGCUCCAAGAUUAUCAAGCCCGGCGGCUCAGACCCCGAUGAGUUCGAGAAGUCGAUUGCCCAGGCGCUCGUUGAGCUUGAGGCCAACAGCGACCUGAAGCCCUACCUCCGUGAUUUGCACAUCACUCGUGCACGCGAGAUUGAGUUCGGCAGCAAGAAGGCCGUCAUCAUCUACGUGCCCAUUCCACAGCAGAAGAUUUUCCAGAAGAUCCAGAUCAUCCUGGUCCGCGAGUUGGAGAAGAAGUUCUCCGGCAAGCACGUUGUGGUUAUUGGCGAGCGCAAGAUUCUGCCCAAGCCAACGCGCAAGGCCCGCAACCCAUUGAAACAGAAGCGUCCACGCUCGCGCACUCUGACCGCUGUGUACGAUGCCAUUCUUGAGGAUCUGGUCUUCCCCGCUGAAAUUGUGGGCAAGCGCGUCCGCGUCAAGCUGGACGGUUCUCAGCUGGUCAAGGUGCACUUGGACAAGAACCAGCAGACCACCAUUGAACACAAAGUUGACACCUUCACAUCGGUCUACAAGAAGCUCACCGGCCGCGAUGUUACCUUCGAAUUCCCAGACAACUACCUGAAUGUCUAGAGAGUGUUCCGCUAGAAAAGUCGUCGUGCUUGGUUCAGUUCAACAAAAGAUUCUGUCGUACAGAAGAUGGCUCUUUUAAGAUGAACUGAAGAACGUAGCGUCAACUAAAUAAACAGUAAACAUUUUUAAAAAUUAAA